AUUUAAUGGAGCUGCUGAUGAUUCAGAACUCCCAGCUGCACCAGGUGCUGAUGAGCAGCCUGGCUCUGUCGGCACUGGCGGCCUUCGGGUUCGGGCCAUCCCCACCUGCUGCCCAGGCGCUGGCGGUGCCGCCGCAGCCCGGAGAGGAAGAGGAGGCUGUGGUUUGCCACCAUCACUAUGUGCCCUGCCCUGCUCCUGCUCCUGUCCUGGCGUGGCAGGUCCCGGCGGGGGGUCAGAGGCCGGUGGCCGUGAGGCACCUGGGCACAGAAUCCUUACCCGAGGGUGGGGAGGGGGCAGUGCCCCCCCCUCCACCCCCCAGUGCCACAGGGACCGUGGGAGCCGACGUCCCCCCGGCAUCGGAGUACUAUGACAUGGUGCAGGGGAGGCUGUGA